UGGACUUCUUUCGUGGCCAGGUGGAAAAGCUUUCCCUUUUGUAGGUUGUCUAGGUUGCAAAGGGACUUUUUCUUACCAGCUCUUUUGUUUUCAUUGUAGAUCAACUACUGUCCAAUAGUGAUAUUCAUGGUUUCAAUAUCGUGAAUGAAUUGUUAAGUGACAUAAACGUGGGGCCACCAGGGUGGAUUAAGAAGAAUCAUGCCCUAGCGUUACUAUAUAAUGGAGCAAUGUUUUCAAUUGAUCAUGAUGUCCAAGAAGGUGAAAAGCAAGAUGGGUUAGUUUGGGUUAUUAACUCAACCAAGUCUCGCAUAUCCAGUUCAGUUAAAGGUUGUAAGGCUGCAUCAGAUGAAGAGUCGACAGAACAUUUCAUUAGUACUAUGAAGGAAAAGGAUGUCAAAAUAGAUAGGUUCGAAGUAAGAGGAAAAGCAUGGACUCGUCGAAGGCUUGUUCUGACAGGAAGUGAUGGUGCGUUCCAUGUGCUGCAAUGGAAACAACACAAAACAAGAAAGAUGAAUGUUGGCUCGGCAACUACUUCUGGUGAGAGCGAGCGGCUGUCACGUGGGUUGGAGGAGGAGAACUCAGCGGGAGUCAAGGAGCUGAGGGCUUUGAUUCAAGGUGUUGAAGCCAGAAUCAGUGCACAGUUGAAGGACUUUGAGACAACAAUUUCCACUCGGUUCUCUCCGUUCGAAUCCCGAAUUCAGAGCAUGGACAUACGACUACAGGCAAUAGAGCAGGAGAGAGCCGAGUCUACGGGGACCAAUGUAUGGUAGAGUGAUGGAGAGAUAGUGUAAGUAAGUUGAUGUGGACUCGAGCGUGAGGGAUGUGUAUCCCUUAGCUACUAAGACGAUGUUAGCCUAAUCACUGCCGCUUUUUACACUGCGGCUUUUUACACUAGAAAAACGGGAGAUUUGUAGAUCACCGCCAUUGACGAGAAGCCACACAUCACACUUGGCUUGCAUCCUAUGCGUUGUUUCUUCUUUGAUGUAUGACUGCACGAGCUUGUUUCAAAAGAAAUUAGAAUUUAUAUUAGCUCUAAAUAAUUGUUUACAUGGUUGUAUUUUCGAUGAUGAAAUUUUAAAAAAGUAGAUUGGCUUGGACAUAUUGUAUGAAAUCCGUCCGUUAGUCGUUAGCUUGCAAAAGCGUUUUACAUGGACGGAGUCACGGAGGGAGUAUUUUGCAAUAAAAAUAAA